UCAACUUGUGUGACACGACUUGAGAGAAGAAAACUGGACACUUGGAUGGUCAAGAUGACUUUGAAGCUGGAUGAGAGCGGCGGAUUGUUUCUGAUGAGCCUGUUAGUGACUUGUGUCACCUACUUGCUGUCCCUCCAAGCGUGUCGCUGGUUCCAGCAGCGCCUGCCGGGUCCGUUCCCUUGGCCCAUCAUCGGCAACGCGGCGCAAAUCGGCAAAGCGCCGCACCUGUAUUUCGCGCGCUUGGUCGAGAAAUACGGCAACGUCUACCAGAUUCAACUGGGCUCCCGGAGCGUGGUGGUGCUGAACGGGGAAUCCAUCAAACAGGCGUUGAUCAAACAGGGCUCGGAGUUUGCCGGCAGACCGGAUUUCACCUCGUUCCAGUACGUGUCCAACGGGGACGGGCUCGCCUUCGCCACCACAUCGGACUGGUGGAAGGUGCACCGCAGGGUGGCCCAUUCGACCGUGAGGAUGUUCUCCACGGGGAACCAGCAGACCAAGAACACAUUUGAGCGACACGUUAUCUGCGAAUUGAAAGAGCUUCUGGAGCUCUUCGUGCGCAAGACCGAGCAGCACGCGUUCUUCGUGCCCCUGGCGGACCUGGUGGUGUCCACGGCCAACUUCAUGAGUGCGGUGUGCUUCGGCAAGAGGUACUCGUACGACGACGCGGAGUUCCGUCAGGUGGUGGGUAGGAACAGCCAGUUCACCAAGACUGUCGGCGCAGGGAGCAUCGUGGACGUGAUGCCCUGGCUCCAGUACUUCCCCAACCCCAUCAAAACGUUGUUUGACAGCUUCAAGAUGCUCAACCGGGAGUUCAGCGUCUUCAUUCGCGAAAAAGUGAGGGCGCACAGGAAAUCCUUUGACUCGAGCAUCGUUAGGGACAUGACGGACGCUUUGAUUGUAGCUUUGGACAAAGUCGGCGAGAAAAACGGCCGCCGAUCGGACAAGGACUAUGUGUCGCCCACUGUUGCAGAUAUAUUUGGAGCAAGUCAAGACACGUUGUCAACAAUGCUGCAGUGGAUCAUUCUCAUCCUUGUCAAGUACCCGGAGAUGCAGGCGCGUCUUCGGAAAGAAGUGGACAUGGUGGUGGACCGCAGUCGCCUCCCCUCCAUCGAGGACCAGCAAGCGCUGCCUUAUGUCAUGGCCUUCAUCUACGAGGUGAUGCGCUUCACCAGCUUCGUGCCGCUCACGAUCCCUCACUCCACUACCACAGACACCUCGAUCAGUGGUUACGCCGUACCAAAGAACACAGUGGUUUUUGUCAACCAGUGGUCGUCCAAUCACAACGCCGCUGUCUGGUCACAGCCGGAGAAAUUUGAUCCCCAGCGUUUCCUGCAACCCAGUGGUGAUCUGAACAAGGACCUGUGCAACUCUGUACUCAUCUUCUCUGUGGGGAAGCGGCGCUGCAUUGGAGAGGAGCUGUCCAAGCUUCAGAUCUUUCUCUUCACGGCUCUUCUGGUUCACCAGUGCCACAUUAGCACAGACCCGGACAGGGCGCCCGGCCUCGGCUACAGCUACGGUCUGACUCUCAAACCAAACCCUUACUUAAUCGCCGUGUCACUGCGGGAUGACAUGAGGCUGCUCAAAGAGGUGACCAGCCAGGUUUUAGACGGAGAAAUCAAGAUAACUCCCCCGGACUCUUAAAAAAGGAUGAAAAUAAAUCAAGCUCGAAAUACAAGGAGGCAAAAGAAGUGAACAUAUUUCUGCGAUGAAAUGGCAAGCUCAGCAAAACAUGGCGGUCAAGUUGUGUCAGACGUGAUCACGAACAGUAGAGGCUGGAGUACUAAUGCGAGAACAUCAUGGUGGGAUUCAAACACUGCACUGGAAGUCUUCAUUUAAUGCAGCAUUUCUGUUCAAGAGUGACUCCAUGCCCAACACGCCAAAACAAACUCACAGACCGCUCUGCUCGGCUUAACCUGCAAGAUAGUUAUUUACGAAUAAGGCUGAUGUAAUACCAUCCAUCCAUUAUCUGAACCUCUUAAUCCUCACAAGGGUCGUGGGCUUGGUGGAGCCUAUCCCAGCUGACUUUGGGCAGUUGGCGGCGUAUACCCUGAACUGGUUGCCAGCCAAGCACAACAACCACUCACAGUCACACAUACGGACAAUUUAGAGCGGUCCAUUAACCUACCGUGCAUGUUUUUCGGAAUGCGGUAGGAAACUGUACCUGAAGAAAACCCACCGUAGACGCGGCUUGACGAGAUGAAAACAGGACAGCUGCAUUACCAGCGCUGCCUGAAAGGGAAAGGGGUGUCGGCUCCACCAGGCACAUGGUGGAAUAGGGACCAGUCCUUAAUACCUGUGGGGUCCAUUUGGUCGGGUCAUUCUGCCACGUUUGCGAGGUGGUGGUGGACCCCAAAAAGCAGGCAGGAGAGAGGAGCAGGGUGUAUUUGAAGAAGUGUAUUGAUAAGACACAGAAAACUAAAUCCUACGCAAACAAAGUCCAAAGUAGCAAACAAAAAUCAUGACUGAAGAUAAAACAUAACAGCAACCAAAACAUGACUGAAACAAACCUGAUUGCAGCAAACAAACAUGACAGCAGCCAAGAGCAAACAAUGACCCGAACUGAGUGUUUGGGCUGGGAGUCCUAUUAAAGCCCUAAUUACCUAUGACCAACAGGUGUGCAGCUACCGGGGGAGCCCUACAGUGCCACCUGUUGGUCCCUAAACCGAAUCAUGACAGUCCGCGUCUACGUUGAGCUGAGGCUCGUCACGUGUCUGUUGGAGUUGAGUCCCAUUCACGUCGACGACGAGCCGUGCCACGUCCACGCCCACGUCAGGCCGAGCCCCUGUUCACGUCCGGCUGUUCCUUGUCCCCAGUUACGUCGAGCUCCGUCCACGUCAGGCCACGCCCAGCCAAAAGGAUUGCCGUCCCUUUUGUUCCUGUUCCCUGGCGAGGUGAAGGUCACCUCGCUUAUCGUUCCUGCAUUUCGGCGAGGCGAAGGUCGCCGUCGCUUUUAGUUUCUGUUCCCUGGCGAGGCAAGCUUUUGGACAACUUUGGGACGUCUGGGAUCCGUCCCUUGAGGGAGGGGUACUGUCAUGAUUUGGUUUAGGAACCAACAGGUGCCCCCCCCCCCCCCCCCCCCCCUGGCAGCUGGACUCCUGCCCGAACACUCAGUGUCGGGUCAUUGUUUGCUUUUUGCUACUGUCAUGUGUGUUGCUGUUUGCUCUUGGCUUCUGUUAUGUUUAGUUCAUUGUUAUGUUUUAGCUUUAGUCAUGGGUUUUGUGUGAUACUUUGGACUUUGUUUGUUUUGGAUUUAGUAUUCUUUGUUUUAAAUACAAUUCUUCAAAUACACCCUGCUCCUGCCUCCUGCCUGCUUUUUGGGGUCCUCCACCACCACCUCGCAACGUGACAAUAUUAGGUCAUGGCAGCAUCUGUUUAAAUUGUUCACUACAAGAACAAUAAGGAACAACUGUUUGUUUGUUUUUGUUUUUUUUUCUUGCUCCAGUGCUCCAAUUACAGUUAUAAUGUGUAAUUUCUCUCACACACGUACACACACACAUACCUGGGUGUUGAACUGUACUUAAUCGGUAGCACUUUAAACGGUAGCCGACUCGCAUUUAACAUGAAUUUGAAUGUGAUUGUUUCGUUGCGAACAUAACCACAUCCUCAGGGUGUACACAAAUGUGCAACCACAUAAUCUCAGGUCUUUAUUUUAACUCCCCUCUCAAAAAUUAUUUUUUAUUUUUUCAAUUGAGUUGUACAAUCAGAGUAAUGAUGGAAGAAGUUCAGAAAUGAUUUGUCAGUCUCAUGCAUUGAAUGACACGUGGCAUUUUAACAGCUGUGUAUAUAUGUUUUUAAUCUUAAUUAUUUUGACAUGAAAAAAAAUUUGGAUGCUUCAUGAUGUUCAUGACUGGUAUAUCUUAUUGAUUAAACUAUAUCCAAAAAAUUCA